AAAUUGUUUUCAAAAUUCAAAUGAAAUAUUUAAUAAAUUUUAUGAUGGUUUUCUUAAAACAUACUAAAACUUCAUAUACUCGGCGUAAAAUAGAAAAUUCAAAAAGAAAUGGUUUGAGGCAUACUAUUUUCAGCCCCCGAAGCAAAAGUUAUUAUAUAGGUGAAUGGAAAAAUGAUAUAAAAGAAGGUAGAGGUAGAGAAGUGAACAGAGAUGGAUGGAUAUAUGAUGGUAGUUGGCUUAAUGGUAAAAAGCAUGGUUGUGGUAUUUUAAGCAAAAUUUCAAAAGAAGAUCAUAAAAUUCGCCGAUAUUAUAUUGGCGAAUGGGUAGCUGGAGCAAAACAAGGAUUUGGAUAUAACUGGUUCGAAGAUGGUAGUUAUUAUGAAGGUGAUUUUUGUCGAAAUAAACGACAUGGUUAUGGUCGUAUAUGGUAUUGUAAUGGAGAUUAUUACGAAGGAGCUUGGAAAAAUGAUCUUUAUCAUGGUUUAGGAAUAUUCAUUAAAGAUAAUGGCAAUAAAUAUGAAGGUCAAUUUGUUAAUGGCAAGAAAGAAGGUUAUGGCACAUUUUACCAUAUAAUUACUGGUCAAGAGCAACAUGGUUUCUGGACAAGCGAUUUAUUCGUAAAUGGCACUAUGUUGGAUGCAGAUUUCCGACAAUGUGCAUCUCGUCCGACGCCAUAUCCUAUUCCAGAAAUUAAAUUGAUAUCGCAUAUCAAGAGUUCUCAAGACAUUUCUGAAAUCAACGAUCAAAAGAAAAAAUUAUCUUAUGUUGAAGAUUUAUGUAGAAGAAUACCAAAGCAUAUAAUCGCAAAUAUAUGUGUAUCUAGAAAUACAUGUUCUUGUUUAAAUUCUGUUUUAUAUAAAUAAAUAUAUUUAUUUUUUAAAAUAAUAUAUAAUACAAACUGAAUCAAUGUUAUUUAUAUAAUUUAUUGUAGCAAAAGUACUUCAAUUUUGCAUAUUUUUUCUAUCAACAAAUAUAUAUAUAAAUCAUUUGUUUGCAAUAAAAAGUAUGUACAAUAUAAUUACCACUCUUUCAGCGACGGCAGUAAUUUGACAACCAAGUACAAAUACAACAGAGACAAUAAAAUAGGAAAUUAUUUUGUCUCCACGUAAAAAACUUGAAAUGUCACUUGAGCAUGGGACAUCUUAUAAGAUUAUAAAAUAAUAAAUUAAACGAACAAAAUCAUAAAAACUGUGAAUAAUACCGGGAAGCAUAUUUUUAAACGAGAUAAUAAGUACAUUCAACGCGAGUUAGUCACGCAUUGUCAACGAAAAAUAUAAACUUAUAUUUGUAAUUGUUGCUUUUUGAGUUAUAGGUAAAGAAAAUUAUAUGAUAAAUAUUACUGCAUACCGUUAUUUUGAUAGAUUAAGUCGCUAUGCGA